UAUUAUACCGUUUCUUGGUUCUUUUCCUGUUCUUCCAUUUAAUUCCGUUUUUCAGAUUUUCUGAACCGUCCUGUGUAGGCACAGGGCUUCAUAGACCAGUUUCCAGUGCUCCCUUAAGUCUUAACUAAGAAUAAAUAAGAAGUUGACUCCUCAAAGUUUCCUGUGUUGAUUCACUUGGGGAGGCUCCAGGUUGAGCCGCCCAGGCUGGACCCUCACCUAGAGUCUGGGUUCUCGUAUGUGGCACAAGACACAGUUGCUGGGACUGCUGCACGGACUACCUAAAUCCCUGUGCAAACGUGGGAUACUGGGACUUCUGUAACAGCCAAAUCCCCCUGCAGACGUGGAGCUACAUGGAUGCGUCUCCAAAGCUCUAAUAAGCAUCAAACAAGAGAGAGAGAGAGAUUCACUUCUACCCCUUUACACUUUACAGGCUUUAGGCUUUGCCAAAGUUACCAAAUGACACAAGUAUAAAAACAAAUUUGCUUUUCACUUCUAUUUUUAUCAAGUCAAGAAAUGCAGCUUGUCAAUUUUGUGAAUAUAACCACAGAAUGACUCAAUUUAAUGCAGAGGAUUUUUCAAUAUUCCAAACUCAGCUCCUGGAAUUGAGAGAAAAGAAUUAUGCACUUGAAGACAGACUAAAAAAGCAGAACAAAGAAUGUGCUAGCCUCAGUGAACAGUGUUCUCGUCAGGCAAUUGCCAUUCGAGCUUCUAAGAAGGCAACCGAGGCUGAUGCUCUUACCAGAGACAAUAAUGUCCUGAGGACAAGACUGAGGGACCAGGAAGAAGAGUUCAAGUUGCAGAACAGCACCUUGUUGCAGGAACUUGCUAGGUUAGCUACAGAAAAUGAGAGACUGGAACAGCAGCUGACAGAUCUUUGCAGGGAUCAUUCCAGCGACACUCCAUCAGAUGCCACCACUGAUGACUCCAAGCAGGUGUUGAUGCUACGAACUGAGCUGUCAUUGCUGCAGAAGCGCCUGGAACGACAGGCUGAAGAGCACAUCAAGCAGCUGGAAGAAGCUAAGGAGAGAUUGAACAGCUCAGUGGAGCGCAAUGCACAACUACAGCAGCUGCUUAGCACGCAUGCAAUACUGCAGGAAGAAGGUGCCAUCAGGCUUGGCGGUGGAGGAGUGAGCUUCAAGAAACUCAGCCUCGAGGAAGACCACAGUCUUGGACCUGCUGAUGAGGCAGUGCCGCCCCUCCCAGCCGCCGACCACAACCUCAAGGCAGCAGAGGCGCGACUACAGGAGUGCGAGGCGCGGCUGCGUGACGCUACGAGCAGGGCUGACGAGCUUGCUGCUCAGGUCUCAGAAGCGCAGUCUGCCUCUCAGCGGGCUAGUGCUGCUCUUGACGAGUCCCACCUCAGGCUGCAGGCUGAGCAACAGCUCACACUUGACUUACAGAAGCAGCUAGAAGACAAGCAGAAUUCCGAAGCGGAGUUACGAGAGCAACUUAAUCUUGCGACUGAACUGAAGGACACAGCUGAGCGUCAGCUGUUACAGAGCGACGCUUCCAAACACCAGCUUCAAAGUGAAGUGGAAUCACUUAAAACAGACUUGGGGAGCGAGCAGAGCGUCGUCGCGGCCCUGGGAACUGAGCUGCAGGAGGCGCGACGGCAGCUGCAGGAGGCGCAGCACAAGAUAAAGGAGCAGCAGGCGCAGCACCGCGAGCUGCUCGACCAAUAUAAGGCUCAGUGCUCGGAGCUGAAGAAGGAGCUGGAGGCCCUGAAGGAGGACGCGGCGCGGCUGGAGCGCGAGAGGAGCAUGGCGCAAGAACGCGCCGCGCAGUUCGAGGACGAGAUAGCGUCUCUAAAGGAGUUCUGGCACGUCGAGAAGGAGAAAAUUCAAGCCGAGAAUUUGGUCUUAGCGAGACAUCUUGAAGAACAGGCUGCUAAUCAAAAGCAGGCCUUUACUACCGAGCUCGAGAUCAGCUCCAUCCAGAGACAGGAGCUGGAGGAUAAAAUUGCCGACCUGCAGAAGCAGGUGAACGACGCCCGUGAAGAUCGCGUGAUCCACGAGCGUCGGGGCGCAUCGCUGCUCAAGGACCUGAAGAAGCAACUCUCGGCCGAGCGCCGCCGCGCUGACAAACUCCAGGACAAGCUCGCCCAGGUCCUCGCCGACCCUUCUCUUAUUGCCGGCUUCUCAAGCUCUGUGUCUGACGCGGGUGACGACGUGAGCAGCGUGUCGUCCUGGUCGAUGGUGUCGGGCGACCAGCGGCCCACCGACGCCACGCAGUCGCCGAGCCACAGCAGCAACAAGAGCGAGUGCAGCAGCGACACCUCAGAGCUGCUGGCGCGCCUCGCCGCCCUCCAGAACGCCAACUGGCAGAAGGAGGAGCAGAUCCAGCACCUCGAGGCGUCCGCCGCCGCCAUGGCUCAGGACCUCCUCACCAAGUCCAACAUCAUCCAGCACUACUGCGCCCGAGCAAGUCCAUCACCGCGAGCCACGCGACUGGGUCCUGGGGCCGGGGAAACGCCCACGGGGGUGCGCAAGGUGCUGUCGCGCCUGCGCGAGGUGGGCGAGGGCGUCGCCGGGAACGUGGCAGAGAUGGCGACCGGCAGCAAAGAGGAGGCCAACAAGGAGAUGAACCGUCGCCUACAGGCGCUACUGGAGGAGACGCUGCUGAAGAACAUCAACCUACACCGUGACGUGGACAUGCUUACGCAGCAAGUGCAGCAGCUCACAGCACUCGCCACAGCAGGUGCUCAACCUGCCUCUUGCACUACUGUCGGAGGCGGAACGUCAGUCGCCACUACACUGCACUCCGGUGCAAUUUCGGGGCUGGAUAACUAUUGUGAUAAAGACAAUAACUGUGAUGUUAUAGGAAACAAUAAUGGGGAAAUUGUGAUGGUAGAAAACCGACAGUCAGAGUGACAUGUCAAGGAAUCAUUGUGCCUGUAAUUAACUGAUAUUCAUAAUAGAAUUCCACUCGAAUGUUCAGAGAUCGUUGGUUCUGCUAUGGUUUUAUCUAUGUACUAGGUACGUAUCACUGUAACAAUUGAAGACAAUAAUAAGCGUAAUGAUAUGUCAUAUCUCAGUAAUGAAGAAUGUAUGGUAUAUUUAGAUAAGUCAGAGAGUAUGUAACGCUUAUAAAGCCCUAUAUUAUAUUGUAAAUUUGCAUGCAUGCCCCCUACAUAGUAAGUAAAUUUUUCACCUGGAGUUAGUAUGCUGAGUUUGCUGAACCAUGUCAACAUGCUCUUAAGUCUUAAAUCUCUUGUUAGCUUCUCCAUUUUGCGCCUAUUUAGCGUAUGCACUCAUUUGCUCAUGAAAUAAGUUGAUUCAAUUCAAAUAAAGGCUGACGUUUGUUCAUCUCAGACUGCCUCCAGUUUUCUCUAAUCUAGUUCUUUUAACUCGUCGACACGCAUUUAUUUCCCUGCAAUAUUACCGGCAACCUAUGCGAAUGGUUCACGCUUUCCUCCAUUUUACGCAAUGAUAUUUAUUCCUUCAGCUUGAAUGAUGACUUGAAGAAGUUUGAUGUAUUUUAAUGCUCAACUGCAUAGCCUUGCAAUAGGCUUAAGUGGCUGCUUAUUUGUCAUAAAAUUUAAACAGAAUUUUAUGAAAAUGUAUUUGCGGUCUGCCUAUAGGAAGCGUUUUAUUUAAGAUUCUGGAUUUACAUUGAUCUCUUAGGGGUUGUGAGACUGGAACGUUCUAUUCAGGUUUUGUAUUCUGGCCGUUGACGUCAUGGUGUGUUGUUACUUGUUGGUUGGUAAAGAAAUAAUUGUCUCUAUUUCCACUCUCUUACUUCAAUCAUCAAGUGUGUGGCAGCAAGUUAAAGCAUCCGUGUUGAGUAUAACUCGCGAUGUCCUGCGGCCAGGACAACGACGCUCCUUCCAUCCAUCCUUCUUCAAUCUUCAUGCAUUAGCUAACAGGGAACGGAAGUUGGUGAGACGUUCAUCGACUGCAAUAACAAAAUUUGUCCUCUCAAAAAAUAUAAAAUUUUAUUUCAGUGAUUAUUUUCUGCGUGCAAUGAAAUGUUUCCAUCAUGCGCCGUGGAUGUGAACUAAUGCAAUAUUGUGACAAGGUUUGUUUUCAUUUAAACUGAAGUGUUUUUGUCA